UUUACCAAAUAGUUUUUCACACUUGAAAAAUUUUUGGGAUGAUUAUUAUGUCACUGCCAUUUCAGUUAUAGACAAAUACAAUGGAGUAGCUUGAAUGGGUGAAUGACUUAAUGUAUUAUGAAGCACUUUUAGGGAGAAAAACGACUUUGUCUUUGAAGGAACUUUUGACUUUCAAUCUUGCAUAAAUUUUCUGUGAGAUUUUCUAGUUCUAGAUUUUAACAAUAAUGUAUUUAUAAUGCAUGUAAAUAUCAAAGCGCUAGAAAACGACAAAAGCAUUAACCAAUGUAAAAACAAUAAAAACCCAUCUAUAGUAUCAAUCAAAAGAUCCACACUGAAGUCAAUAAUCUUUGCAGUCUUAAGAGCAUUUUUUUUCUAUGCUUGAAUUAAAUAAUUUUUGUCUUUAUCCAUAAAUGACUCUUGAACUCUCAUCCACUAAGCUUAAACUUAAUAUGACAUAUUGAUGUAUAGAAGUAGAUUAAGACUCUGGCACCAAUAUGGAUUUAUACAAGAUGAAGACACCAAUUGUUAUGUAGAGCAGGUAGGAUAUAUAACUUUUUACACUUAAACUUUAAAUCUGACUGCAUUGGCAAAUCUAAAGUUGUAAGUUUAGCAUGGCUCAAGAAGCUGGAGAUUUCUACUCUGAGAUGGGGGCGAUAUUUUUGUGACCCCAGCAAAUUUGAACAACUCAUUGGAUGAGAUAUUUUAAAAUAGAAAGUACCAAAACUUUCAAAAUAAAAACUUUAGUUUGAAAGCUUUCGAGUUAGUGGUGACGUUGGAGUUUAUGAUUCCAGGCUUAAAAGAAGUCCCAAUAAGUUUUCUAUAAUGGGCAGGAGAAAGUUUGACGAACACAAACUGAAACGUAAUGGGAAAGAAAUUUAUGUUAUGAUUUUGUUUCCUGAAAAAUAAUAGAACAUUUUAACUGCUAUAUUUAUUUUAAAAAUAUAAUUCUACAUGUAUUUCUAUAUAUAAUAAUCAGAGUACAUUUGAAAGCAAUGUAUCUUGCAAUGUAACAUUGGAUUUGGCCAUCUUAUCAGAUGCAGAAAAAACAUUGGAUUUAGCCCAAAAUGUAUUAAAUAAAUAAGUGAAAAUGUCUGUCCAUAUUUGUUUAACCACCGAUUGUGAAUUCUAUUAUGGUAAACAGUGAGAUUUUUAAGUUUUGUCCAGAGGCUGAAGGAACUAACAUGUACGCUGUGAUCAUGUGAGGGUGUAGGUUGUUCAGCCAUGAAGCCACAAAUGAGCCACAGAUGGCCGAAAAAAGAUUCUGCGCCAUUUACAAUGUAAAUUUUCAAACCCAAAUUCUAACCAUCAAUUUCACUUUCCGCCCAUCAACUUUCAGAGAAAUGAAACCAUUUAGUUAUUUAGCUGUGUAGUUGGAUAUUUUCUCCACACUAUAUUUUGUAGUUGUAGAAAAUGUCAAAAACUUUAUCUCUAUAUUACAAUUAAAUGAAAUUCUCUCAUUCAGCAUAUGCCUACAAAACAAAGACAAACACAGUCGCCACAAUAAAAAAUGUACAAGAAUAACAAUUUUAAUGUGUGAGGUUUAAAACAAUAGGGAAGUGAUGCUGUCCAAUUAUACACACACUAGGUUUACAUAGCCACCUGUUACUUUCAUGUUAUUACUAUAGUGCUGAUUGCAGUCCAGCUCUUUCAGCAUUCUUCUUGUGUUGACAGCAGCAGCAAGCCACAUUUGUAUACUCCUACAAAAAUAUGUUUCUCCACCUGAUGUGUGGGGCCCUGCUGGGCCUGGGUUAUUGCAUUCAAACAACAAGUGUCAUCUCCUACCCAAAAACCCUGCCAUGCGAUGUCAGCGAGGUCAGUAAUGGGACUGUGACAGUGGACUGCACUGAAAGAAGUCUCAAGAACGUCCCCAUCUCCAUCCCAGGAGAGACUACCAAUCUGACUCUCACCAUCAACCAUAUUCCAAAUUUGAACGCAACCUCCUUUCACGGUCUGGACAACCUCACAGAGAUUGACAUGAGGUGCAACUGCGUACCCAUCAAAAUUGGCCCGAAGGACAACAUGUGCACAAAAAGUGUGACCAUUGCGGAGGAUACAUUUACUGCACUAAGGAAUCUACGGGCACUGUAUCUAGAUGGGAAUCAGCUUGAUAGCAUUCCUAAAGGCUUACCUUCAAACCUUGUCCUUCUGAGUUUAGAAGUGAAUCAUAUUUUUUAUAUUUCUAAGGAAAAUCUUUCUGAAAUCCAAAAUGUUCAGGUGCUCUACCUGGGACAAAACUGCUAUUAUCGCAACCCCUGUAAUGUUUCCUAUGGCAUAGAAGAUGGUGCAUUCUUAAAAUUGGAAAACCUAACAUUGCUGUCCCUUAAGUCAAACAACUUAUCCUUUAUUCCCUAUAGGUUGCCUGUAAGUUUAAGAGAGCUGUAUCUAUACAAUAACAACAUCCAAGAGGUCUCUGAUGAGGAUUUUAAAAACUUGACAAACCUUGAGAUUUUAGAUAUUAGUGGAAAUUGCCCUCGAUGCUACAAUGCCCCUUUCCCAUGCACCCCAUGCCCAAAUAACGCACCCCUAAAAAUAAGUAAGGGAGCUUUUAAAAUGUUGACAAAACUAAAAACGUUACGUUUGCACAGUAAUUCCCUGACAUGUAUAUUACCUGAAUGGUUCACUAACACAAAGGAUCUGAGAGUGCUUGAUCUCUCAUCAAACUUUUUAGCCAGAGAUAUUGGGUCCACAAACUUUCCUAAGUUUCUUGGCAAGCUAGAAGAACUGGACUUGUCUUUUAACUAUGAGCUCCAGAGGUAUCCUCAAACUCUUAGACUGAAUUCCAGUUUCUCCUCCCUCAUGUCUCUUGAAAUUCUCAGACUAAAGGGCUAUGUGUUUCAGCAACUAAAGCCAGAAAGCAUUGCUCCCUUAAAACGUCUUCCAAAUCUUACAGUUCUUGAUCUCGGCACAAACUUUAUCAAAAUGGCAAACCUCAGCAUUUUAAUGGAGUUAAAAAGCUUUCGUAUAAUCAGUUUGUCUGAUAAUAAAAUAUCAUCUCCCUCUGAUGCUCAAAAUGUGUUUAGUUUCAACGGGGGAGAGGCUAUGCUGUGGUCCCCCAUGUCAACAGCUGAUCAGUUCCAGAACAAGGAAGUGAGAGAAAUUCAUUACUUCAGAUAUGAUGAAUAUGCUCGCAGCUGCAAAUACAAAGAUAAGGAACUUGGAAUCGUUACAUUAUUUGUCAAGAAGGAAUGCAGCGACUUUGGCAAAACCUUGGAUGUGAGCAGAAACAACAUAUUUUUCUUGCAUUCAAGGUUUUUAAACCUGAAGGAGUUGAGGUGCCUCAAUCUUUCAGGAAAUGCAAUGAGCCAAAGCCUGAAUGGAUCUGAGUUUAGCAAUCUGACUAAUUUGCAGUACCUGGACUUCUCAUCAAAUCGCCUGGACCUGUUGUACUCAACUGCUUUUAAAGAGCUAAGCAAUUUGGUCAUCUUGGAUAUAAGUAAAAAUAACCAUUAUUUUGAAUCAGAGGGCUUGACUCAUAUGCUUAAUUUCACUAAGAAUUUAAAAAAACUCAAGGUACUGCUAAUGAAUCACAACAAGAUUUCUACUUCCACCAACACAGAAAUGGAAAGUGAAUCUUUAGAGAAGUUGGAGUUCAGAGGCAACAGGUUGGACAUGUUGUGGAGAGAUGGGGACACAAGAUAUAUCCACUAUUUCAAAAAAUUACGUAAUCUGAGACUACUAGACAUUUCUUCCAAUAACCUCCUUUCAGUUCGAAGAGAAGUCUUCAGUGGUCUGCCAGACAAUCUGUCUGAGCUCCACAUUAAAAAGAACAAACUGUACUUUUUUGCAUGGGGGGAAUUACAACUUCUGAGAUCUCUGAAAGUCUUGGACCUCAGUGGAAAUUACCUAACCUCUGUUCCAAGAAUGCUGUCAAACUGUACCAUAUCACUUAAAAAACUUGUUUUACAUGACAACAGAAUCCUAAAACUCACGCCAAAUUUCCUCCAGGAAGCUUUAAGUUUAAAAUAUCUAGAUCUUAGCUUCAAUCUUAUAAAACAUAUUGAGCAAUCUAGCUUUCCAGAUAAUGUUAUUAAGCAGAUGGACAAGUUGCUUCUGCACAAAAACAGUUUCCUUUGCACCUGUAAUGCCUCUUGGUUCAUCACAUGGCUAAACAAGACCACGGUGACCAUCCCUCGAAUAGGAAUCGAUGUUACCUGUGCUUCUCCAGGAGUGCAAAAAGGUAAUCUUGUGGUCUCAGUGGACUUACAAGCCUGCCAGCACUCCUUCCUAUCAAUCAUCCUCUACAUUCUCAUGACUUCACUCCUCCUUAGCUUCAUUACUCUGUCCAUUGCUAGUCACCUCUACCUGUGGGACGUCUGGUACAUUUAUCACUUCUGCAGGGCUAAACUCAAGGGCUACAGCCGCCUUUCUUCUCAAAGUGAGGUCUAUGACGCCUUUGUGAUGUUUGACAAAAAUGAUUCUGCUGUGUCAGAGUGGGUGAUGAAGGAAAUGUGUCCUCAUCUGGAGGAGCGGGGAGAUCGCCGAUUGACACUGUGUCUGGAGGAACGAGACUGGGUCCCCGGUUGUCCCCUGAUUGACAACCUCUCCCAGAGCAUCCACAAGAGCAAGAGGACUGUGUUCAUUCUCACCAAAAAUUACAUCCAAGGGGGUAAUUUCAGUACAGCCUUCUAUAUGGCCCACCAAAGACUGAUGGAUGAAAAAAAUGACGUCAUAGUACUGAUUUUUUUGGAAAAAGUAUCUUGCAACUCAAAAUAUCUGCGCUUAAGAAAGCGAUUGUACAAGCGGUCUGUGCUCGAGUGGCCGACAAACCCACAGGCACAACCAUACUUCUGGUUCAGCCUCAGGAGUGUAUUGGCUACUGAGAGCCACAAACAGUACAGCAAUCUCUUUAAAGAGACACUCUGAAGGGAUGACAAUAUAGAGUUUGCAAAAAUUAAGACAAUUUGUGUUUUAUCAGUUAUUUCUUUUCUGCAACAAUGCUUCUUGGCAAUAAUUUUUAAAGUUAUACAAUUACAAUUAUAAUCUCUGGCAAUUCACAAUGCCUUUCUGCUGUUGACUCUUGUUUGGUGUCAUUUAUUGGAUUGAACAAUAGAAGUUUGAAGAAACGAGAUAUCUGUAAUAUAGUCAUUUUUCCUUUAACAAAUCGAGGUAUCAGGAAUGCGCUGGAAAGCUAUUCACGGCUACAACAGCCUGGCCAUCAUGCUGAUUGACAGCUUGGUCACAUUCUAUUUUGGCAUUCCUUUCUUCAACCAGCACUUGUCACAAGUCAGUAAAGGUAGUUGCACUGGACUCUCUGGUAUGAGAAGCACAUCCAAGCAACCAUGCAUUUUUUUCAUGACACCCUGCAUGAGAAAACAAAAAGCCUUUCCUACAGUAAGAUACCAAGAAGCAAUAUUGCUCCAAAACAACUUUUCUAGUUUUUUGUGAUCAUUUUAAAUGUAUACAGUUGCACUUUUUUUUGUUUUUAGCAUAACCUUAAAGCUUGUGCUACUUGGUUUCAUUACUGGAAAAAGGAACAACAGGUUUAUGCUAAAACCACAAAUUAUUUUAAGAUUGUCUUUAUUUGUUAUGGUUGCAAACAAGGAACAAGUACAGCUACUUCUGUAAUUUCCAUGUGGCUUUUCUAACACAUGCAGUUUUUCUAUGCAUGCAAUUCAGCUUACAGUUUUAUUGCUUUUUAUUUUAAUAGAGCAAUACUGAAAUACAGGGCAAGAAAAGGCAGUCAGUUGUUUUUGCUGGUGUUGUAAAGGGAUUGCUGCUUUGUCAGAUCCCUUUUAGAUCUGGAAGGCUUUAAUGUCCUGGAAUCAGUAGCUUUGAAUAUUCUUUGAACAGCUGGGUUCAUCCUAGCAUGUACCAUGGUGAGUUUUGCUACUACAAUUUUCUUUGUAUCUUCAUAUGUGGAAGAAACAAAAUUUUUUUUUUUGUCUCUUUAAUUAUGCUAACCGUUUUUUUUAUUUUAGGAUAAUUCUUAAGAUUUAAUCAUUUGAUGUGUUUUUGAACAGUUGUUUCAUUAGAUGUCCCUGUGUUGAAGUUGAGCUGAGUUAAAACUUCUUUAAUCAUACAACAAUAUACCCACCACUGUAAAAUAAUUUAUUACAAGUUAUGCAAGCACACAUUUAUGUAAUUCUUUACUUGGUUU